CGACACAAGACUAGUCAAUUGUGGUAAAAAUGAGGGCGCUAUUUUCGCUCAACGCGCGCACACGCUACCUACUCUUUAGAAACAAAAUGGCGGAUAGCAGUGUGCGAAGACGACGUCGAGACGAUAGUGAAACGGUAGGAAGUGGGGGAGAAGAUGGUAGCAUCUCUGGUGGAGAAUCUCAGUCAGGACAUGAAAGUGAUACCAUUUUGGACAGGGAAGAUGAAGACACUGAUGAUUAUGAGAGCGCUGAGGAAAAUCAAAAAGAGCGGGUCGCAGCUCAAGAUGGCGCUGACCACAUGAAGGAUGGAGAUAGUGAGAUUGAAGAUGGUGAGAUUGUAGGAGACAGUGAGGAUGACAGCCAAGAUGAUGCAGAGGAAGAUGGUGAAGAAGAUGAUGAUGAAGAAAGGAAGGAAGAGAAGGAUUUAGAAGAUGAGGAGAGCAAGAAGAACCUUGAUGCGGACCAGGACCUAAAGAAUCCAGCCUACAUCCCAAGAAGUGGCCCGUUCUAUAUGCAUGAUGUCAGGUCCAUGGUAACCAAGGAUGAUGAGGAAGAACAGAAACCCAAGGAUAAGAAACAGUUGUGGAAGGAUGACAACAGAUGGCUCCAUGACAAGUUUGAUAUGCUUGAUCAAGCACCAAAGUCUAGAACGGAAAUGGUGAAUGUGUAUGGCUAUGAUGUACGCAGCUCUAACGACUUACCUACGUCUGGAUUCUCCAAUCAACAUAGAAAACCAUCCAGAGGUCGUCGCGGUGGAGACGGAGGACAGUGGGGAGGUGACAGAGGUCCACGUGGAGGAGAUAGAGGCCCCCGAGGAGACAGGGGGCGUCCGAGGUACAACCAACAAGACCGUUACGAGAGGCGCAACGGGAGAGACAACAACUAUGACCAGUCAGAGAGGACCAGUCCCCCUCAAUAUGAAAGAAACAUCAGAAGUAGGCAGCAACCAGGGUAUGAAAACAAACGACAAACAGAGGAGUCAAUUAGCCAUAACGAUAGCCCAGAAACGAACAAUGGCGAUGAUAAAAGCCCAAAUUACACCCGCAGUGAUCAUCCCUGGUCUGGGAGGUCACGAGGUCGUGGAAGAGGUCGCGGUAGAGGCAGAGGUCAAGGGCGAGAUAACCUUGACCAUAGCGGCCCGAAUACUGAUGAAAAUGCAGCGAUACCACAUAAGAGUGAAUGGAUUAACAGUAACUCAAACCGUCGGGAUCGUCAGCAUGACGGGAUGAAUACACGGGGUAGAGACAAUGAGAGAGGGAACCGGCAAACGAUUACAGAGGAUUUCCCCCCACUAGGCGCCGAUCCCCAGAAACAGGAAAUAAGACAGCCCAGAUCCUACCAGCGGGAUCGCCGCCAGCCGGCCCAGCAAGAACAAACCGGGAACGGAGGAGGAGGUAGCUGGGCUGGGGUGGUGACACGCCAGAAUAUUAAAUCUGAACCCAAUGACACCACAACAGGGUGGUCUGAUGGAGGUUCACAACCCAGUGCUUUGGCAAAACAAGAACCUAGUAAACCUAGGUCGUAUCAACGGGAUCGUCGUCAGCGGGUUAAGCAAGAACCGGAUGAUCAAGAGGAAGAGUGGUCAGGGGACGUAACGACCCAGAUGGGUAAGAUGAGCUUAGAUGAAGACAAACAAGAUGGGUCACGGCAAAAUGAAGGCCAACGCACCAAGGCACAAGGACUGCUUCCAAAACCAGAGCCAACUGAUCAAGUGGAAUCACCUCAGGAUGGUGGAGACAGACUGUACAGCGAUAAAAGAGAGCCUCCUAGACCGAAGCGUUACUCCUCCCAGCGCCAGCGUCAACCGGCCGAUGCGGCACCCAUCACCCAACCCCAAGCCGUCUUAAACACUCCGCAGUUCUACCAAGCCGCUCCCAAGGCACCCCAACCAGGGUACCAGCGGCAAGGCAACACGCCACCAGUGACAAGCUCCCCGCAGCACACCCUGGGGAACACGGCCCCGCCUGUGCGUGGAGGGGCCACACCCCCCGGGAUGGGUGUGGUCGUUCAGCCAUCAGUCUUACCGGGGGCGGUCAUGCAGCAGGGGAUUAUUCUGCAAGGAGAUGUGCCGAUUCACCCACGUAUGCAGCAUCCUUCUCCCACUCACAUGGCAAACCCGUCAAUUAUCCAUCCCCUUAGACCGCAACCUCCCCAUCAACAGGGGGCGUUCCCCCCGCCCCCUUCUCAUUUUGUCGUCAACUACGGCGGCCCACCUGGACAGCAGUACCAGCUGAAUAGCCCGGUACCCAUACAAACGUUCCCUCAGGGUACUGUACCAGUGAGCAUACCAAACAUGCCGCCUCCUCGCUCACAACCCCACCCCAUUCCACCACACCCCUUACCCCAACCUACCCAACCCCUUCCCAUACAAGUCCAGCCGAUAAUCAACCAGCAGACACCGCCCGUUCAACCUCUACCCCAAGGAGUUCAACCUCUACCCCCAGGGGCUCCAUCCCAAACAUUCGGGGGAGUGACGUACUACUCCCCCGAGCAACAGCAGCUGGCGGGGAAGAGAGUACAACCAAAGAGAACUGCUAACCCUAUACGUAUAGAAGAACCACCUGAGCGUCCAAAGCGACUUUCAGAGCAGUCUCAAGAAAGUCCGGAAGAUUUAGCACAGCAGCAAUUGUAUAUGCAGCACCAACAACAACUGCAGCAACAGCAGCAACAGCAGCAGCCGCAACAGCAACAGCAACAGCAGCAGCAGCAGCAACAGCAACAAGUAUUUGAAGGUGGGACUACAUAGUACAUAUCAAAUUAGUAGGAUUUUAUACAUUGGAGUGAAGUAGAUCUCUUUGAUUAAGUAGUUUGUUAAUUUUAAUGUGAAACAUAUUGAUGGGACUCCCUGCAAAUAGAAGGUUGUUCUUGAAAAGUGGUGGAAAGAGUUGAAAUCUGCUGCAAACAGGGCCCAAUGUAAUAGAGCUGCUAAGCACAAAAAUUUGCUUAAACAUGAAAUUUCUUCCUUGAUAAAAACAGGAUUACCAACCAA